AUGGCUCCUGCAACCCCAGUCACUCGUUUCGUUUCCUUUUUCCUUUUUGCACUUGUUGCACUCCUAUGCAUCUACCAUGGCACUCAGUCCGAUAAUCUCCGCCUUACCACCUAUGCUAAGCGAUCAUUGCCUGAUGAUGCCACCAUUCAGCCCCGGCUGAACCUUGGUACUGAGCUUCAUCUCCUAUCAAAGCGCGCCGCUCCUAAGAACAGAGCUGAGGCAGUGGAGAAAGGCAGAGGAUAUAUGUGCCAGUUAGAGGAUAUAGAACCAAUCGAUUUACCUUCCGAGCUCAAGGAUUUGCAAGCUUUCUACGGAUAUUGGUCUGAAGAGCCUUACGGGGCGAGCAACGGCAAUCCUACAGAGACAGGAUCAAAGAUUCCAGUGGCAUUGGCCGCGAAAGGUCUGCCUAUUAAUAUAGGAGAUCGAGGUUUGCAGGGGUUGAAAUAUCGCCAGGAUCACCAAUAUAAAGUUGGCAACACAUACUAUGACGGGACAGACGGCCACUACAAGGCCAGUAUAAGCACCAAGGCGGGUUACAUCUCCGCAGAAGACAACGAAAGUCCAGCCUACAUGAUUACUGAGUACGGGUUGAAUCAGCCCUCUCCAACCAUAUCUAGGCUAUCUGACGUUUACUUCUUACUCUGGAAGGAAGUGGCUCGCGGUUCGGAGACUGAAUUAAAAAAUAUCAAAUAUUUUAUCCGCCACCAUGUGAUUAACGACGCAUCUUUGGAUGUUGCGCUGGAGGUGGCCAGUGGAAAACCUCUUCCCCCCAGAAAGGAAGAGGAGCCUAGGGACACGAGCAUGGUGAAAGAAUGGCCGGGUAAAUCCUAUGACAUGUCUACUGAUGAUGGUAAAGCGAUUUUGGGGACUCCCAAUGGUGCCGGUGUAGCCCGUUUCCUCAUGGACCACAAGCCAGAAUUGGGAGUAAAGGCCCCCAGCAAGGUGACCCUAUUCAAGACUACUGGCCACACAAAUGCCAAAACCAACCAGCCAGAGGACUGGGUCCAUUUUCUAUUCGAAAUCAGCCCUGUUCACAAGAAGAAGCGGAGAGGAAGGAAGUAA